GUCAUUUAGUGGCACUUGGCCCUCCAUGUAUCAAAUAUCAAAUAUCAAAUAUCAAAUCCGGAUGUCUUUGUCUUUCACUACCUUACAUGUUUCUGUAGUAUUUAUACACAAUUCUCAAAACAUUCAAACUUCCUCGCUAGAUGUUUAGUUACAACUAAAUACCUACAGACUAUAUUCAAUUUCACUUACACAAAUACCGUUUAAACAAGAAACGACUUCUCGCAAAAUGACCGGGAACAUUUCAACAGGCCGUGGCGGCGCCGGCAACAUCGCCGAUGCCUCUAAAUCCCCCCAGAUCCAGCCUGCCGACCUCCAAACCCCAACUUUAAAGACGUCUGUCGUUACUACAGGCCGCGGUGGUUCAGGCAACAUGGCACCGAACAAAGAUCCAGCCGAGACACGCGCACGGCAAGACGUUGGGCCUAUUGAGCGAAGCAAUAGUCAGACCGUCACGCACGUCGGCCGCGGGGGCGCCGCCAACAUCGUCAGGGUAGACAGCCCGGACUCGGAGAUCCCGAAGACGAACCUCGACGGCGCGGCGGCUGAAGACCACGAAGCCAAGAGCCACGCCGCCGCCAAACACAAUGGGCUGGCUGCCAAGGCCAAGGAGUUGUUCAAGAAGGUUUAGUUGACCUUGGGGGGAAGAAGAAGAAAGGGAAAGAAGAGACAACCCAUUGAGUAAAACUGGCAUGGUGGGAAUCGUCUUUUGAGUCUGCCAUUCGAAAAAGGGGGAUGGUUGGAAGUGAGAGGAAUUGGUGGAAGGAAGGUGAAAGGGCGAUUAGAACGGUGCUCAUUUUUUGCAAUUGGGUCCUUUGAUACCCCCUUUUCUUAUUAUUUCGAUAUACCAUGGAGAGAGGCCACGGAUGGGCAUUGGAGUUAUGGUCUGCUUUUCUGGCUUGGGGUCGGAGAACUUUCAGGAGAGGGUGGCGUGUUUACUUUCAUACUGGCCUGGCCUAGUAAUUGAGCGAUGGUUGCGGUGAUGGGAGUAUUACCUACUACUGCCUACACACCAAGAAAACGGGGACAGAUACCCAAGCUUGCGCUCUUAGCCUAUAUCAAAGCAUUCUCACAGCAGGCAGUUGGACUUCACGACGCAUAAGCAGGGUUAGAUCAUCUUCAGCGUAAAAGUUAGCAGGCGUUACAUUUUCAUAAUGCAAUCAUCGAGCUACUGG